AUGGAUGUGGAAGCUCAUAAUUUCAAUCAGCCAAUCUCAGCCAUCAUCCAUCAGAUCCUUAGUCCAUUGCUCGGUGGGACCACUGACGAUCAAGUGGUCGAGACGAAUGUUGAGAAACUAAGCAAGGUUCUCGAUGUCUAUGAAGAGAGGCUGUCCAAGAGCAAGUACUUAGCUGGGGAUUUCUACAGCUUGGCGGAUCUGCAUCACAUCCCAUACAUUCAGUACUUCACGAAGACUCCCAAAGCUUCACGGAUUAGCUCACUCCCGCAUGUGAAGGCAUGGUGGGAUGACAUCUCGUCGUGGCCUGCUUCCACGAAAGUCAUUGAGGGGAUGACCUUUGGAGGAAAAGCAUGA